CUGCUGGACCUGGACUUGAAGUUUAGUUAGGUGUGAACGUUUCAUCAAGCUGGCCACUGGAACAUGAUCUCGCUACAGUUUGUGCUAGUCGGUGUUCUACUGCAUCUGCUUUCCGCAUCUGCCGACGGCAAAGAUCACAAUUACAUUUUCGAUGCGUCCGAGCUGGACUGUCCGGGCAAUGUGACGCACGGACCGAUCACGCUCACCGCCUACCAUCCACUGUUCGAUUCGGACCGGAAGCGUGACUAUCUGGACGCCCAGAACCGCAAGCUGUACACGCUGCAGGAAUAUCUGGACAAUCGGGCACCGUACGUGACGGUUGGGAUGGAUCCGGACUUGAAGCUACCGUACGGCAAGGAGGCCUGCAUACCCGAGCUGAACCGCCAUUUUAGACGAGCCGUUCGGUUGCAGGUGCGUGACACACACGAGGAUCUGCGUGGUGGUGGCAUGCGACGGGUAGAUAUCUGCGUACGCACACAGGAGGACAGUUAUGAUGAUAUCGUUAACAUGCUGCAAGUGACACUCGUACUGUAACAAUACAACCACAGACAAACACA